UUAUUUUUUUGUAAGUUGUAUUCAUUGGAGAAAAGUUGCCAAAUAUUUUGUUAUUAAAAUUAUAAGAGGAAAAAUGUCGACAAAGGGAAAAAUGAAUACAAUUUUUCCAUCUUGUGGAGAUGAAGCUAAAGACUUAGAACCCAUAGUUUUUCAUGUUCCUGCUACUUAUAGUAAUAAAGUAAAAAUGCAUGGUUGGCACAUGGAUACAUUAGAAGAACCUAGGGACAAUACAGACAUAUUUCCACCAAAAGGAAAUCUUUUUAAAUCAUCAUAUAAAAGAAUAGGAACAGGAGAUACUCGUACAGGAAUUUCCGAAACACAAGCAAUGUUGUCUCAGAUAGAAUUGAAGGAUUUAUACAAACCAGUUUAUCCGCAACGUACUUUACAUAAGAUGAGGGCUCUUGCAUAUGGACAGAUAGAAGAAGAAAAGGAAUCUACAUUAACAGAUUUAUUAUAUGAUUCUGAAGAAGCUAAACAUAUGGAUUAUAGAACGACACAAGAAAUUCAUUAUAGAUUACCUUAUCCCAUGAGGCCAAGAUCAUUACUACCUCCCCCACCACCAGAACCAUGGUUGUUAAAUAGAAGAACUAUUGGUUAUAGUCUUGAACAAUUAGAAAAAAGGGAUGGUGUAAAUACAUUUUUGGAUGAUAACAUGGAGCUCCAUAGGAAAAUAGCUGAUUUAAAAAUGAGAAGGAAUAAGUUACAUGAAAUAACAUCUAAAAAUUAAAAAUGUUAUCAUUGAUUUGCCAAUAAUCGGAAAUAUAUAAAA